GUCUGAUGCAUUGAUAAUAGCUGGCACUUGCUCUUCUGCGUGUCAUGGCUCGGGCCACACACUCCUCACAUCGGCCAUUUCAGGCUACCACUGCUUCCCCCAGGAAAAGCCGAGAGACAGCAAGCCAGAUAGGUCCAUGUCAGGAGAACUGCUGCCUGUGUCUGGAACCUGCACUCCUGGACUGCCUCCCGGAGAUGGGCAAAGCCAAGCUGCUUCGAAAGUGUCUGAGAUGGACAGGGCCCGUCCUCCACCCUGCCAUGCCGAGAUCAUGCAGACCCUCCAUUCACAUCUGGCUUCUCCAUCCGACUCCAUGGUCAGGCAUAGAAGUGGAAUGGCCUCUUGGUUCAGCAAGGCCUGGGGGCGGAAAUAGCCAACUGUUUCCCCACUGAUCCACCUUCCCUGAGCACAGGGAGGAAAGUGGAGUUGUGAGACCCAUCCUAAGACAGCAAGGGAUGCACAAAGGUAAAGGGUGCAAAGGGUCUUGCCCAGGGUCACUCAGCAGCAGGUGGUAGAGCUGCAGCUUGAAUCCAAAAGCGUGACUGGAGAGCCUUCCUUAACAUUCUCAGAGGAGAGACAGGCAAAAAGGAGUGGGUUGGGCGAAUCACAGAGACCUCUGGAAGAGGAAGAGGUGUCUGGUGUCUCUGGAGGAGGGGCUGCCUCCUGGGGAACUGAGGGAGCCAAACUCAAAGGUCGCUCACCCUGAGUCUCCACAUGUUUCACUCCUGCCCAGCUCCUGGAAGCUGGAGGGGCCUGCAGGACCAGCUGGUCUGAACCAGUCAUUUUCUUACACAGAGGGCCUGUGGGCAGCAGAGCUGGCGCAGAGCCAGGUUCCUCCUGGACAGCAGCACCUUGGCAGCCCAGGAUUGGGAGCACAGCCGAGGAGCAGAGUCUGCACCUGCUCGCCUGGGUUUAGUGUGGCUGCAUAUGACUAGGGAUUGCUCACUGUGCCACACACUUGGAUGUCUUGUGCUGUGACUGUUCCCAGGGUGAAGCCAACGCACACAAUGGUCAAUUGCUGGUUCUGCAACCAGGACACACUGGUGCCAUAUGGGAACCGCAACUGCUGGGACUGUCCCCACUGCGAGCAAUACAACGGCUUCCAGGAGAACGGUGACUACAACAAGCCGAUCCCUGCCCAGUACAUGGAGCACCUGAACCACGUGGUGAGCAGCGUGCGCGUGCCCCAAGAUCCCACACAGCCGCAGCAGUGGGUGAGCAGCCAAGUCCUUCUGUGCAGAAGGUGCAGCCACCACCAGACCACCAAGAUCAAGCAGCUGGCCGCCUUCGCACCGCGGGAGGAGGGGAGAUACGACGAGGAGAUCGAGGUGUACCGCCACCACCUGGAGCAGAUGUACAAGCUAUGCCGGCCAUGCCAGGCAGCCGUGGAGUACUACAUCAAGCACCAGAACCGCCAGCUGCGGGCCCUGCUGCUUAGCCACCAGUUCAGGCGCCGGGAGGCUGACCAGGCCCAGAGCUUCUCUACGGUGAAGGCCCCAGUCCAGGUCAUCCUGCUCCGUGCUCUGGCCUUCCUGGCCUGUGCCUUCCUGCUGACUGCUACGCUGUAUGGCCCCAGUGACCCCUUCACCCCAGAAGCUGCCCUGCCCCCAGCUCUGCCCCCUGGCAGCAAUGGCUCAGCCAUGCCGGACAAUGGCACUGCCCCUGGGGCUGAGGGCUGGCGGCAGCUGCUGGGCCUGCUGCCCGAGCACACAGCAGAGAAGUUGCUUGAGGCCUGGGCCUUUGGGCAGAGCCACCAGAUGGGCAUUGUACUGCUGGGCCUGCUCACCUGCCUGCUGGCCAUGCUGUUGGCUGGCCGCAUCAGGCUCCGAAGAAUCGACGCCUUUUCCACCUGCCUCUGGGCCCUGCUGCUGGGGCUGCACCUGGCCCAACAGUACCUGCAGGCGGCCUCACCCAGCUGGCUGGACACACUCAAGUUCAGUACCACAUCCCUGUGCUGCCUGGUGGGCUUCACUGCAGCUGUGGCAACAAGAAAAGCAACGGGCCCACGGAGGUUCCGGCCCCGAAGGUGCUUUCCUGGAGACUCUGCCGGCCUUUUCCCUUCCGGCCCCAGCCUGGCCAUGCCGCACCCGAGCGUCACAGGCUCCUCACCGUCCCUGUUCAUCCCUUCCCCGCCCGGCUUCCUGCCACUCGCCAACCAGCAACUGUUCCGGUCUCCCCGUCGGGCCUCGCCCUCCUCACUGCCAGGCCGCCUCCGCCGGGCCCUCUCGCUGGGAACCAUUCCCUCUCUGACUCGAGCAGACUCAGGAUACCUGUUCAGCGGGAGCCGCCCACCAUCUCGGAUGUCUCGACCCGGGGAGGUUCCUCUUUCAGAUUACUUCUCUCUGCUGUCGGGGAGCUGUCCCACCUCGCCACUCCCUUCCCCGGUGCCCUCGGUGGCCAGCUCACUGGCCUCCAGCUAUGGCUCCCUGCGCCAUCGCAGGCCCCUCAUCAGCCCCGCCCGGCUCAACCUCAAGGGACAGAAGCUGCUGUUGUUCCCUUCUCCCCCUGGGGAGGCCCCCAACACCCCCAGCAGCUCAGAAGAGCACUCCCCACACAAUGGCAGCCUCUUCACCAUCGAGCCGCCUCAGCUCUCCCACAGGCAGCCCACGCGGGACAAGAAGCACACUGUGGACAUGAGAUCAGUGCCAGAGAGAGGCAGUGCCUGCAGCAGCCUCUCCAUCAAGAAAGAGGACGAGUCAUCCCAGUCGUCCACCUGUGUGGUGGACACCACCACCAGAGGGUGCUCAGAGGAGGCCGCCGCCUGGAAAGGGCGCUUUGGCCCCUCCCUGGUCCGGGGCCUCCUGGCUGUGAGCUUGGCCGCCAACGCCCUCUUCACCUCCGCCUACCUGUACCAGAGCCUGCGCUGACUUCGGAGUCCUGGAGGGCGGAGCCCAGGUGCCAUCUGCUUCCACCACUGCCGGCCUCAGAAGCCUCCCAGGGACUGUGCCUCCCCCCUCUCCAGGGCCUGGACCUGCCAGGUCAUGCGUUCCUGUCCUCAGGACACCCGCGAUCCUCGCCUGCCACCCCCUUGGCUGACCGGGGUGUGUUUGGUGCUGACACUCUGACCCUGAAACCGAGGCCCCUCCCUGUCAUCCACCCACCCGGCAGAACGCCAGAACCACUGUCUCUGCAGCAGGAGGCCAGGCUGCUUCAUACUGUACUCCCCUGGCAUGGGGGGCCACCUCGGAGCCCCACAAAGACGAAGAAAGCCCCUGGGAUGGUCCCUGGGUCACUGCCCCACCCUUUUCCCUUUCUGCUGGCUUCAGGCAAAGUGGGCAGUUGGGUGCCUAGGGCUCAGUUCCAGCACCCACCCUCCCCCUACUUCCCUAUUCUGUGACUUCUGGUGACCUCCCAGGAAGCAGCCUGUAUGCUAGGACCUCCCGCCCACACUGCCCUCCAGGUCCUCAGCCCCACAUGAACUGCAGGUCUCAGAGGAGACCGGACCCCACCCCGCCCCACCCUGGUCCUUGGCUUCUUCCCACCCGGGACCCACUGUCUUCCCCUUUGUCCUCCUGUGCCCACCUGGGUUCCUGUUGUCUCCCAGGCCACCUCGACUGGCCACCGUCUACCUGACCCACCCUGCCCCCCCCCCAGCUGUGGCGGUCUUGCCUCCUGAGGGGGAGGAGCACUGGGCUGUCAGUGUCUGGGUGCAGGAUCCCCUCCCACCCUGGGCCUCGGCCCAGCGCAUGUCUGUCUGCCUGUUGAUUCAGGGGUUUGUGCCGCUGGGGGAGGGAUUGGCCGCCUCAGUAAAUUCUGGGACUUGCUGUGGGGAGGGGCAUGGGGCAGGUGGAGGGGUCUUCACUCUGUCAUUCAGGGAUAAAGUUUUGUUUUAUUUUUGUACAUUUCGCCAGGCAGGGUGUUCGCUGUCGGCUCUCCCUGCCGGGGGAUUUUCUUAAGCUCUGGGUGCUUCCUAGUACUUUUUUUAACACAGGGAAGGAGGCUACUCUGACCUCACCCUCCCUCCCUCGCCACUUGUCCUGGGAGCCCCCAUGCUGUGUCCUGGGCUGUCCACCACCCUGGACUGGGGGGGGGGCCGGGGUGGUGUGAGGACUCAGUCCAGCUGCCAAGAGGGUUCCAACACCGAGGUAGCAUCUUUUGGUCCUCAUUUGUAUGGUCUUUAAUUUUAUUUCUUGCCUAACAAAACCAAACUCCAUUCCCAGUGCCCUUUGUCUCUGGCUCUGAGGAUGCUCCCACGCAGGGAGCUCUGCCGCCUGGACCAGUGGCCCAGCACCCCGCAGGGCCGGGGAAGGGCUUUUAUGUUUUGUUUCAAAUGGAAAACACAACCUUAUUUUUGUUUACAAAAGCAAAAAAUGAAACCAAAAAACAUAACAACCUUUGAACUGUG